CGCGCGAGCAGAAAGAAGAAAAUCCACACGAGGCAUCGUAAUCGAGCCAUCUUCAGGCCGUAAAAAAUUCCAAGGGAACUCCUACCAACCACGACCAUGCACUCCACAACCCUCACCCUCGCGACUCUGCUCGCGACCGCGACCGCCUCCUCCAGUCAUGCCGCCCUCAACGCCCUCGUCUCUCGCCAACUGCCGACGACCGGCGAUUCCUGCUUCGACGGCGCCCUCAACGCCUGUUCGGACCCGACCGCCGCCAACGUCGAGGCCAACUGCCGCAGCGCCCUCUGCAGCAACACCUGCCUGACCUCCUACCCGGUCCUCUCCAGCUGCUGCAAAUCCGCCAGCGACCUGACCGCGCUGGCGAACUGCUUCUACGAGAUUGACCCGGACAGCAUCACUGCGACGGGCGCCGCUGGCACCGGCGGUGCCGCGACCGCGACUGCUGCCACGACUUCCGCUUCGCGCACAACCGCUGGCGGCGCGGGAACGACCACUCGUGCCACUGUCACUUCUACAAAUCUCUCCACCGCGCCUGGUGCAGGUGGUGUCUCCACCCAGAGCUCCGGCGCCCCGGCGGCGACGAACAGCCCCUCCGGCACUGUGGUCGUCAGUGUACAGACCAACGCGCAAGGCCAGCCUACGAACACUGUGACCAAGACGGGCGGUGUUGAGAGGAUGGCGGCGGCGGGUCAGUUGGGUGUUGUGGGAUCAAUGGCUGCUUGGGCUUUGGGGCUCUUGUUGAUUUAGAGGAGAUGUGGGGGAUAUUUGGCAGAUAGGAGAAUGGGAGGCUUUUGAGGACUAGUUGUACUUCUACACGAUAUUUCUUCUUGUCUUGUUUUUCCGAUCGAACCGGUGGAUUUUUUGUCCUUCUGAUUAACAAGGCAGGGAAUCGCCAAAAUUCAAAUUCGCAUUGGACACGCGCGCGUGUGUGUGUGAUCUUUUACAAUGUUAGUGAAUCAAGAAAUUCGGUUUC